UGAAAGCUGAUUCUCGUAAUACUGCACAUCUAAAAUGGAAAAAUCCAUUACAAAUAGCAUAGAUUAACUCGUCGUCGUCGUAAAUAUCAUCAUUACAUAUGUUACAUAACAUUUUUAAAAAAAAGGAACAAGAAAAGUGAAUAUUAUUAAAGAAGUGAUGUGCUCUUAUAGCACGCACGUCUAUACCAAACAAAGUAUGUUCAAUACACCACGUUUAAAAAAAGAGCUUAACCAAUUACUUAAUAAACCUUCAGUUGGAAUAAAAGUUAAUGUGAAAGAAGGAUCUUCUUCUGUUUUGGAAGCUGAACUUCAUGGACCAAAAGAUACCCCUUAUGAAAUUGGAAUUUUUAAGUUACAAAUGGAACUACCUCAUAAGUAUCCAUUUGAACCUCCUAGGGUGACAUUUGUAACACCCAUUUAUCAUCCAAACAUAGAUAGCAGUGGAAGAAUUUGUUUGGAUGUUUUGAAAAUGCCUCCAACUGGUGCUUGGAAACCAUUGAUAACAUUAGAAGGUGUUUUAGUUGCCAUCUGUAAUUUAAUGAGCUGUCCAAAUCCUAAUGAUCCACUUGUACCUGAUAUUGCAAAAGAAUUUAAAAAUGAUAAAGAAACAUUUGAGUCUAAAGCUAAACACCUCACUAAAAUACAUGCUACAAAACUUAGUGUAAACUCAGUAUAACCUUAUUUUAUUUAAUACAUUUAUAUUUGAUUGUUUAUGAUACAAUAAUGUGUAGUAAUAUUUUUUUCA